ACUUUGCGCGCGAUAGAUGGUGUGAACAGAGUCUUCAGAGAUAGAGUUAUCGUAGUAUUUUAAAUCAAGGCUUUAUUUUUUAGGCAAAAAUGCUUUCGGCAGCCCAGUUACUCGAUGAAUUAAUGGGCCGAGAUAGAAACUUGGCCCCUGACGAGAAGCGAUGCAACGUGCGGUGGGACGACGAGAGCGUCUGUCGAUACUAUCUGUGUGGCUUCUGCCCAGCUGAGCUAUUCACAAACACCCGCUCUGACUUGGGCCCCUGUGAGAAAAUCCAUGAUGAAAAUCUUAGGAUAACGUAUGAGAAAAGCUCCCGGUUCAUGAAGGAGGGCUAUGAACGAGACUUCCUGCGCUACCUACAGUCACUCCUGGCAGAGGUGGAACGGCGGAUUCGUAGAGGGCACGCCCGGCUUGCACUUUCCCAGGCUCAGCAGAAUGCAGGGCAGGGUCCUGGUCCAUCAGGAAAGAAUGAGGAGAAGUCUCAGGUUCUCACGGAGAAGAUUGAAGACCUAGUUGUACAGAUCGAAGAGCUGGGGUCAGAGGGCAGAGUGGAGGAGGCCCAGGGAAUGAUGAAGCUGGUGGAGCAGCUGAAGGAGGAGAGGGAGCUGCUCAGCUCCACCCCCUCGACCAUUGAGAGCUUUGCGGCCCAGGAGAAACAGAUGGAGGUGUGUGAAGUGUGUGGGGCCUUCCUCAUUGUGGGGGAUGCACAGUCUCGAGUGGACGACCACUUGAUGGGCAAGCAACACAUGGGCUAUGCCAAGAUCAAAUCCACUGUAGAGGAGCUCAAGGAGAAACUACGUCGGCGCUCAGAAGACCCCCCAGGUGAAAACCCAGCGCUCAAGAGGGACAGAGAAGACCGUGAGCGCGAGAGGGAGGAAAGGGAGAAAAAGCGCAAGGAGGAGGAGGAGAAGGAGAAGGAGCGGGAGAAGGAGAAGGAACGGGAACGAGAGAGAGAGAAGGAGCGUGAGAGGGAGAGAGACAGAGAACGGGACAGAGAUAGAGACCGGGAGAGGGACAGGAGGGUGCGCCGAAGCCACUCCAACAGUCGCCACUCCAGUCGAGCGUCAGACAGGAAACGGAGCAGAUCCCGCGAUCGCCGGAGGUCCAGAAGCAGAGACAAGGAGAGGGAGAGGGAACGCAAACGCAGCAGGAGCCGGGACAGGGACAGGGAGAGGAGACGCAGCCGUGAGCGCUCUGACCGAAAGCGUCGCUCCCGCAGCCGUGACAGGAGGAGAUCGCGCAGCUCCGAGCGCAAAUCUCACCGCCACCGCAGCCGCAGCAAGGACAGGGAGAGAGACAGGGACAGAGAGCGGUCAUCAAAAGACAAAGACCGUAAGGCAACAGAGGAGAGGAGCAGCUCUAAGAAAGCCAAGCACUCUGACGGCGAUGCAGCUGCCAUCAAGGCUUCGUCAGAAGCGGAACCGAUGGAGGCGGCUGCCUCUGCCCCCUCCCCUCUGCUUAACGGCCAGCAAGAGCUCCUCCAUUCUGAAGGUGACACUCAGUCCAAUUAAAACUGAUCUGAUAGGACCUCAGAUCAGGCUCAGGUAAGUGCGUCCUCCUCCUUGCUCCCCCUGGCUCUGAACCUAACCCUUCCACGUCCCCUCCCCCCACCUUUCCCAUCUCCCCUACCCACCCUCUCACCCUACCUCUCCCACCCCGUUUAUGUUCAGUUCAAUGCCUAUGAUUUUGUCUUAUGUCCUAUAUGCAUAUAUCUUUAUCCUGUUUUUGAAAUAGUGCAUCAUAAGUAUGCACUGAAGAUGAAGGACUAGGCCCGAAGAAGGUAGAAAACAUUCACACAAAGCCAAGAGGGAAAGGCCAGUGUAGCCCUGAGCAAACAUGCCCGGAGGUACCCCUCGUAUUUAAUCGGUUUUUGAUCCUUUAUAGAUGUACAUUUGUCUUUGUGGACAAAAUGGCAGAAAAAAAUAUUGACUAAUUUGCCAAUUUUCCUGCCUGUAUUUACCUGUUUUUUUUAAUUUUAUUUCUUUUUUUGUUUGUUCUUUUUACUUUGAAGUAGGGAAAUGCAGUAAUUUUGAUUUGCUGAGAUAUUACACUCUUUUAUAGCGAAAAUUCAGCCUCUGUGAGUUUGCAUACAUUUCAUGGGGAUUUCUCCCACUCAUAUGUGAACACACAGACACACUUUCAGCUAUCGUCAAAGGUGUAUGUGAAAAACAAGCCAUUGAUUUUUGCCGUAAUCAUAACUAAAAUGCCAUGGGUGUGUUGUCCAGCUUACUGUGCCUGAUAAUGCCAUGCAGUGUGUGUUUGGGGGGGUUGUUAUAGCACCGGGGGUCUUACGUAACUAACUAACUGGAGCGUAGGGUUUAUCGAAUGAAUUGCAGCUGACUUCCAUACCUCACACAGCGUUGGUGUUGUGAGCGAGACCACAUGAGAAAAAGGGCAAAUUAAAAAUCAUGGAUACUCUGACUGUCAAACUGUGCAGGUACUCACCCCAGGUACUCCUUUCUCUACCCACAUCCAUUUCUGAAUGCUGUUGCCUGUCAGAAAAAACUAUUCUGUACUUCUCCAGAAAAUGAAACUUGAAAGCUUGAUGUGUAUAUAUUUUUGUUUCUUUUAUUUUUCUAUUUGGCAACUUUCAAAUAUGUUUGGGGAAACAAGUCAUUUUAUAGAAAUGUCAGAGACACUUAUUUUUUUUAAAUGCUGAGAUGCACAGACAGCCUGCUUGAUAUACCUACGCCAAUAGCUAAAGGUCACUGGUGUGUAUAUUUUAUUUUUUAUUCCCUGUAGUGUGUAGUUCAGGACUAAGGUUUUGUAAGGAGUUUUUGAUUAAUGUCAAUCUGUUUGGUUGGUAGGAUGCUUUUGUUUGUCCCUGUUAAGUGGUCAUUGAAUCUACUUAAAGAAAAAUCAAGUGCACCUGCGCAUUGGCGUAAGCAAUAUAAAACAGGUUAGUCACUGUUUUUAAAAGAUAUGGUCUAAGGUAGUGACAAAACCGUAUGGACUUUUUUUUUUUUAAUCUUAAAAGCAUACUUCUGGUCAAAGUAAAAUCAACGGUAUGUCAUAUCAAAUUAUAUUAUUGUGCAAUAUGGACAGGGUAUAUGUGCAUUCUUAGCAGUGUCUCUUAACACAUUCCUCUAUGGCUAAAUUAAGGGAUAUAUAUCACGACUAGUCUUUAUGUAGAUGCUAUUGUUGCUUCAGAUGCAGCAAUUGUUGCUACAAGCACUUGUUGUGGGACCUUUGCUAACAUUACAUUUUGUGAACAUUUUUGCUCAACAGGGGACACUGGGAUAUCUGGUGGAGGAAGAAGCAGAAGAGCGCACCCAUCCUUACCCUGAACCCGACACUUCGCUGCUUAAAAACAAGGUGAACCACAAAUGGUGUAGUGGCUUAUUUAAAACAUGAACAUACAUGUGUCAAUAAGGAGAAAGGAAGAAAAAAUAAUACAUUGAUUUUCAUGUUCCAUUACCUGUCUUAUCUUUUUUUUGCUGGACGAGGGUAGUUGUGGUUCAUCUGAUGUAUUUCUUGGUCUAGAUGUCAGCCAGUCAUCACUUUAAAUACCAAACUUAGAGGAAAAGUUCAUUUAUGGGUUUUUGUGUUCUUAUUUUGAAAAUCUUCCCACAUCCUCAUUGUUUCCUGGCAUUUAGUGAAAAUUAAAUAAAAUCAGUGCUUGUGGUUUGUUUUGGUUUGUCAGGUUCCCCUUCAUGUCCUGACCUUCUUUAUUUUAAAGUCAGUUGAAAGCAUGUGUACAAUGUUAGUCCUAUGACAGGGCGUGUCUUUUCUCCUCCACACAGGGAGCUCACAUUGAUUGCUCUUGUCCCCUUACUGUAAAAUAUACUGAUUUAAUCAAAAGAUUUUGAAGACUGAAGAUUUGUUUAAUUUUGUUCUGCUUUUAAUGUCCAUGUUGUCGCGAUGAAUAAAAAGUAAAAACGUGUU